ACUGCUGGAUAGAUGCUGUAGAUGUUUCAGAAGGGCUGAGAGAUCAGUCGCAUUCAUAUUGAGGUUUUUUAACUUGUGAAACCUAAUAAUUAUACCAGUUAAAUGAGUGAAAACAGAGAGUUAGAGUAUCAUGGAAAUAAUAAAAGUGCAGUUCCAGCGACUUCUACUGCAGUCUCCGGCUCUUCUAAAGAUGAAGAAAAGGACAUCCCACUUUACAGCAUUUCCUCAACAGCAGAUAAAUCUGAUAUAAUUUACUCCAAACGGCUACGAGGAGGACGACACCCUAUAAAUUUAAAUGUUUCCAGUGAGAUAAAUCAGAGAUUAAAGAGGAAAGAAACAUGGAAGUGCAAAACAGAAGUUACAAAAACACCAAGUGUGCAACUUGCAUCAUCUCAUGUUGACAUAAUUGACACCAUAAACAUAAUUGACACAAUUGACAGACCAGGAAAAACCAAAAAAGAGGGCUGCUAUGCUAGAUCUGGAAAAUAUGCAUAUUGUAAAAAUGAACCAGGAAAGAGAAUUCCCAAGGCUGGAGCUUAUGCAGAAGCAGGAGUGGGUCGUGCUCGAGCCGAACUCAGUGUGUUAGAGGCAGAAGCCAAGGGUCCCAAUGCUUCAGCUGGUGCUGAAGCAAGUGUGGGUAUGUUGGGAGCUGCAGCGAUGGCCCGGGCGGAGGCUGGCAGCGUUUCAGCCAAAGCUGGCCCAGUUGGUCUUAAGCUGGGUCUUGGAGUUGACACGGGUGUAUCUGUUGGUUUAACUGGGAUUGAGGCAAAAGUCCUGGGAACUGGAAUCACAGUUGGUCGAAAAACCAGUGUUUCUCUUUUGGGUUCGGAAGUUGCAUGUUCAGUCAUGUAGUCAUACAGUUUGCAGACUCUAUGGGCAUCCCAUUCUUACAGUGACCUCUCAUUCAUCCGCUUUCCUCACUCUGGCUUGGGAGGAUCAUUUGCCACUUUGGUCAUUUGUUUUUUUUUUCAUAUCUGUUUGUUUUUUCUUUUAUUUGUGUUCUUCAGCAUUUCAAGAUCUUCUGAACAUGGCCACAACAUACUACAGUGAUAUUUACUACUCUGUAGAAAUCGUUCAUUACCCCAUGUAUGUGUACUAAUUGUAUGCCAUGAUUCCAAAGUAAUUAUUUUGUGUGCUCAUUGAUCUUGUGUAAUAAUUUUUAAAAAAUUAACCAAAAGUUGGACUUGACACAGUCUAGCAGUUGGCAAGUGUCGAUGCAUAUGUAAUCAACCGCAUAACUGAUCCUGUUGCGAUCUAGUGUUGAGGUGUAACAAAUGAAUAA